UGGAGAUGGACGGACGUGACGUCACCCGCGCGGGGCGGAAGUCCAUCCCAUGUUUUCAGCUGUGAAAACAAAACAGCAGGUUGUGCAGCUGAGUUGCUGAUAUGGAGGAGUUGGUGCAGGACCUGGUGUCUGCGCUGGAGCAGACAUCGGAGCAGGACAAGCUGGAUGAACUGUGGGAGGAGAUGGUGCUCAGCCCGCUGCAGCAUCGGCGGCAGGUCCGCAGACGUAGGGGGCGUAAACGGCGCUGUGAUUUCUCCCUACAUGGCCCAGAGCACAGCCGCUGCCUCAGCGAGGCAUCUGAAUCCAGCCUGGAUGAGGCUUUCGCCAGGAACCACAGGCAGGGCGCUACAGCAGCUGUGGCCAUAGCAACAGCGGCUGUGGUUCCUGCUAACUAUAGUGAUUCAGAUGAUACGGUGAUAGCAAAGCGCUGGCCAUCAGCAUCAGUGUCUUUCAGGGCAAGGCAGCAUUCCUGGCCAGAGUCAGACUCCUUUACUGAGAAUACACCCGGCAGGCCUCUGCGCAGGCGCCGCAAGGUCAAACGAAUGACUUCAGAUGUGACUGUAAACCUGCAACAGAAACUCAGAGUGUCUGGGUUUGAACGUCGUGAACAAACCCAUCAUCAUUAUCAUCAUCAUCAUCAUCAGAGGUCGUAUAAGAAGCAGAGGAUGGGCCGAUUGAAGAAGCGCCCUGGGACUUGGCCAAUGCAGGACGGGGGCUCUGUGGUGGCCGGAGUAGGAGGCCUGUCUGCAGAUUGCUGGAAGGACAAGAUCCUGCGCCAGGCCAAGGAGCAGAGGGAGGCAUCAGAUGAGAAUAUGUCUGAAUGUGAAACAAGCAGUGUGUGCAGCAGUGACCCAGGUCUUUUCACCAAUGAUGAAGGAAGACAAGGUGAUGAUGAACAGAGUGACUGGUUCUUUGAAGGCGAGUGUGUGUCAGGCAUGAGCAUUCAGGGCAUGCGGUCCAGCAGAGAGUCAGAAACUGCCCCCAGGCCUGCCGGGCUGGAUGUUAGGAGAGAGAAGAGUCACUCAGCUACUUUCCUCCAGCCUGCCCGCCCUAAUCAGAGAGGUUAUCAUGCCCGUCUGAACCGUUUGCCAGGUGUGGCUGCCUGCUGCAUAAGGAGAGGCAGGAGGAGGUUGCCUGGCAGGGAUAACAAUAUGGCUGUUUUUGUGGACAAAAUGAGAAGCUACCCACAUGAUUCCUAUCAGAAAGAGUUUUGGUUGCCUUCCUUUGGAAAACGGGAUAGAAGUCAGCUGAAGCCUCUGUGUUCAUUGCCCAUGUAUCCUAUUGGCAUUGAUCCAGAGAGCUCCCUUCCCCGGUGCUCUUCUCCCAUGUGCAAAAGCAGUUUUUCAAAGAAAUCUGCAGGGAUAUUUUUCCACAGUAGACAGCCUAAUAUGCAAAUGGGAUUGCUGUGUGCAGGAGACAUCAAGAGGAGGAGGAAAACCACAGCUGUUCCCACCACUGCUUCAGCAUACCUCCCCUUUCGCAAGGAGGCCAAGCGAGAAGAGGCUGACCAAGGCUUCAUAAAAGCCUCCUCCACUGGAGGAGAUUGUCCUGUUCCCCUACCCUCUACAUCACGGACACAUUGCUUCAUCAAACCAGGGACUUCAUUCAGCAGCCACGGGGAGCAUGAAGAUGACUGACGGAGACACUAGCACUGGCUGCCCUUUUUUGGGCUCAGCUACUCAGGGUGGAAAACCUACGCUAGAGUACUAUCCGAGAGUAAUAUUUGAGUCAGUGCCACUAGUGUACAAGAAAAAAUUUUGGGACAUGAACCUCCUGUGUGAAUCCCCAUUGUGAAUUUAGUCUUUCCAAAAAAGCCACCAUUUUACAGGAAAAAAUGCUAAUGCAAUCAUGCCUCUUAAUCACUUUUGGCCAUUUUCUCAAGGAGGAGGGCUUGUUUAAGAGCUGUCCCCAUUUGUGGGUCAAGAUGUAAGCCCAAGGCAGCUCCUGUCUUUAACCCUUGAGUCAUCAGCCCACCUGCUAACUGAUCCAGCAACUAUAUUCAUUCAAAGUGAGCCCGCCUUCACCAUGCUGGCAUUAGAAAUAAUGAUUUUUUUUCUUUCUUUUUUUCUGUAUAUUAGAGAAAUAAGUCUAUAGUAGCUCAUCACAAUGCUCUGCUACCUCACACUGGGACAAAGUUCAGAAGAGCACCCACCGAAAAUGCAGCUCAAAAACACAGGCCCCCUAUUAGCAUGGAUAUGAAACACUAGAGUGCUCUAAAAACACUCAUUAGCACAACAGAGUGAGUGUGUGUUUCUGCACCCUCCGGGGUCUCCGCCCACCCCCCACCCCCUGCUUCUCCCUCCAGAUUCAAAUGUUCACACAUGAAAGUUUUGUGCAGCCCAGUGCUUGUUCAAAUGUGCAUUUUAAUUGUAAAGUAGUGAGUCGAUUGGAGUGUCUAACUCCAAUGGUGGGCAAGUCUUAUUGUUUAGCUGAAAGCUAGUCUGUUGUUUAAUGUUUUUAGUUGUUUUAGUAAGGGUGGGCAAUAUGAUGAUAUUUAUCAUUAUUCUUAAUGUUCUUAAUGCUGCACUCUAAUAUUUUCUGUUAAAACUGAAAGAAGUAACAUUAAUGAGUAAGGAGAAAAAAGAUACUACAGUAUGGCAUCUGCGCUGCUGUGAGUCACCGCAUGCACCCUGAAAAAAAGUAGGAUUUCACAAGAGUUUUUCAGCCCACGUCAUCUUUACAUAUUAAUGUCACAUGCACAAGCUCAAAAAGGAGCUCCAGCUCUAUGUUUAGUUGUCAAAUGCAAAACCAACAUUAAACUGAUGCAGAUAUGAUGACAACAGUAGAUAGUUCACUCACAUCCUUAGAAGACUCUGAGUUUUGGUUGAGCUGUCUUUGGGUCUGAAGUACAACUAAUGUUAUAAAAUGUUCUACUGUACAUUGUGCGCUGUUGCACCUUUCCACCAGAAAGAUCUCCAAAAUUUGCAUUGGGUAUUGGUUAAAAAAUGCCUACCAGCUGCAUGUUUCAUUACUAAGAGAAAAUAAUUAGUCUUGUUUAAUGGAAUUUAGUGCAGUGCUGUAUGUAAAAAAAAAAAUCAACAAAAACCAUUGUGUUCAUAGUUUUUGGUAAUAAUUUCUAAACAUGUUGCUACUCCAACUUAUCAAUUCUCAGAAAACAGAAAUAUUGUGAUGGAUAUUGUGUAUCAUGAAAAUAUCAAGGUAUUGUGCUAUAUUUUGCCAUAUUGCCCACCCACGCGUGUUAGUUAGCAUGAGUUUUUAUAUUUUCAUUGUGAGCAUGGAGUUGUUGUAAAUGUGUUCCGGUCAGUCUGAGAAGCCUUUUUGUGCUUAAUCCUUUGCUGUCUGCAUUGGUUACUCCAAACCAGUUGCUUAGUUGAAGCUGUAUCACUUAAAGCAGGAAGUGUUAAUGUUUUACAAAUAUACAGCAGACUACAGUAUAUUUAAUCAGGCAUGGGCUGCUUUUUGCUUGUAUUGACGUUUAUAAAUGGACCAGUGUGGACAUGUAGACAGCUGUAGUAAGCGUUGUGCCCCUUUUCCAUGGCUCUUUCCAUCUUCAUGACCAGCUGCCUUUGUGAUGUGGGGGAAUUGACAGAUAGGUUGGUAUAUUUUCUUAUCACGUUUUGUCAAUCGUCAAAGCGAUUGCCUCACCUGCCUCCGGCUGUAAUUAGUCGUUACCAUGACAACAUCACUCGAUGAGCCGAUCCUCCCUUAGCCUGCAUGGCCUGAAAUGAGUUUUGUUGGCGGGGCAGGAAGUGAGAGCGGGGGGACGACACGUGCACCCAGUCAAUCGCCUCAGCUACAGUUAAGGAAUCCAGUGGGUUGAUGCUGCUCAUGUUUCAUCCUUGGUAAAGAUUACCUGUCAGCCCCAGAGGAGAUGUAUUGAUCUGUUUUCCUUUUUUUCUGCCAGCAAUCACCUGACAAAGGCACCUAGGAGUGCAGGAAUGAGUGAUGCCCGUUCACAUCUCCACCCCAGUGUGGCGGAUUGGGGGCUUCCAGUGACCACUCACACUGGAAGAUAAUGCCAUCAUAAACUCUACGUGAACUUGCACAUCAUGUCAGGAACAACAUACAGGUUCUAGUCAUCAUUGAGGACCUUUGGUUUGGACUUUAUUUCUUACUCAGAUCAGACGAUGGUAAAAUUGCUCACUAGUGUGCAGUUGUCCUACGUAUCUGUUGGGGUCUUGUUUCAAAGAGUUAAUCCUGAGAAAUCUAGAGUUUUUACUUUUGUUGUGUUAUUUACACAUUUAAGUUGCACAUUUAAUUACAUUGUGAGUUAUACAAUAAAUUACACUUACCUUCAAUUUACAUUCUGUAUCAACAGGUUUGUGCUUCUGUCCAACAGUAACAGUAAGAAUAUGGCCAAAAUAUAAGGGAUAAUUUUCCCUUAGCAAAGCAGUAGUAUACACAACAAUAACGUUUCAUCAAAUUCAAACCAUAAUGCAGUAUCUCCUCAAACACAGUUGUAGUACUGAAAGAAAUUUUAAGGCACACACCUUCAACAGAAGUUCCCUGCUUGUUUCAGUAAUACAUAAUUAACAUCGAACACUAAACUUUUGUUUUCAUCAGUGAUAACUGCAGCAUCUAAGAGAAAACAGUAUGCUGAAGGCAGUUGACUAGGGUUAGGGUGGGGUUAUAAGGACACAUCUCUCUUAUUAUAUUGGUAAAAAUGACAUAAUAGAUGUAGAUCUUACUCAUUUCAUGAUUCAAUCCAAGUGAAUCAUUAAAAUAUUGCCAUGCCUAACACAAAACCAUGUCUGCAGCACGGAGAACAUUAUGGAUUAAAAACCUCAGUGGUGUUGUACAUGAGAGCUUUGUGCUUAAAUUUCUUGGCAGCUUGAUAUAUUGUUUAUUUUUUGAAUGUUGAGAAAAUAACCAUGUGAAUGAAUGCAGUACUGUAUACUGUAGUAACUCUUGUGUAUACACACUGAACUGUGAGUUCUUUGGGUGCACCUACCUUGUUGCUACUCAUUGGCCAUUUUAUCUAUUUCACCUAAGAUAUAGGUGCACUUUAUGGCUUACAAUGUCUAAGUAGCCACUGAACAAUUUGUUUUAGUCGUCCUCUAUUCAGUCCAUCAGUCGAAAAGGACCACCAAAGGACAGUUGCUGACCAGAUAGUAUUUGAGUGAUGGACCAUUCUCAACACAGCAGUGACACUGACAUGUUAUGAGUAUAUCAGGCCCAUCUUACACAUUUUAUUGUCACUGCUAGUUUGAGAGUGGCCUACUGACCAGAAGUGUCCAGCCUACAGUGAUCUUGUAGUUAAAAGAUAACUAGAGAUAAUUUAUGCACCUUCUAAAGCCCAACCGAUAGAUUGAUUGGUGUUGGCUGAUGGUAUUUGCUGAUUGACUGAUAUUGAAGACCUGUGGUAUCAAGCAGGUAUCGCCUAUAAUGCCUAUAAUUUAAAAAAUGCAACAUUCAUUCAGACCUAACCUUUAGCAUGGGCAUAUGUUAUAACACACACAAAAACUUUUUUGUGACAAGAACUAAUGUAAAAUAUGAAAAAUAAGAGAUAAUUAACAGAAACAUGCAAAGAAUUCUGGGUAGCUCCGUCCCUGGUGUCACAAUUUUUAUAUUAUUUAAGACCGUUUAUUUCUGCUGUUUAUUGGCAUUUAAGAAAAGUGACAAUUGAAAACUGACAAUCAUAUCUGUCUAUAGAGUACUGUUUAACUAAAGCUAUUGGAAUAUAAAAUCCAAAAUGUAGUUCUAAAAAAUAAUUUUUAGCCCCUUAAAACCGGUAUUAAUACUGGCCACUAAGUGUUCAUGUGGGUCCAUCUAUCAAAAUAGGCGUGUCUCUAUACAGUGGCAACUAUAUGUAUUUUGUAUUUCUCCACUCCAUCCUCAGUAUUAAUGUCCAGACCUACACUUUUUUGCUUCUAUUUAUUACACAUCAAAUGCUUUAUGCUGGUGUUUGACAGACGUUAUUGUAGAUAUGAGAAAAUAACCAUACAUUGGGCAUGUAUUAUGCAGUGAACAUUGAAUAUAAUCAUAGAAGAAUUGGUUUCAUUUAUUAAGUGGAACAUUGUGUAUUGCACUGAUCAAAACAUGUUGGUGUUAUCUUUGGGCAGCUAUUUAUUAAGGUAUUGAAUAUGGAACUACAACAACAAUAUAUCAUAACAUGUUAGUACAGUAUAUGUGUAGUAAUGGCUGUGAAAGCAUGCAUAUUCAGAGUACUUGUCAAGUCAUAUCAGUAAGUUAGUAGAUUUAGAACACAGUUUUGUCGUGUUGAGCUUGAAUUAAAUAUGCAAAAUCUGUGAUAUAUACAUAGUAACUAAUACCAUAAUUGACAUGUUCAGAAAAUGACUUUACCAGACAAUGUUAUUGCACAAAAUGUGGAACAUGCCAUCAUCAGUCAAGAUGUUGAACACUUUCAGUUUGGGAAAGACCUUGCUGCAGUGGUCAGUAUUUGUAUGCCCAUUCUGCUUUUCAUUUUUGGCCAAUAAUGUAAAGGAUGUGAAUUACUGAAGAAUAAAAAUAUUAUUGACAGAUAA